CGGGCCAGGGUGGGCGGAAGGAGCGCCAGGCCGGAAGGAGUUAGAGGGAGGGCGGGAGGCAGGAGCGGGCCCGGAGCUGCUGGGCCAGAGCGGCGGCGCCGCCAUGUCCGACAGCGAGAAGCUCAACCUGGACUCUAUCAUCGGGCGUCUGCUGGAAGUGCAGGGCUCGCGGCCUGGAAAGAAUGUCCAGCUGACAGAGAACGAGAUCCGUGGUCUGUGCCUCAAAUCCCGGGAGAUUUUCCUGAGCCAGCCCAUUCUUCUGGAGCUGGAGGCACCCCUCAAGAUCUGUGGUGACAUCCACGGCCAGUACUACGACCUCCUGCGGCUGUUUGAGUACGGCGGCUUCCCUCCAGAGAGCAACUAUCUGUUCCUGGGGGACUACGUGGACAGGGGCAAGCAGUCUUUGGAGACUAUUUGCCUGCUGCUGGCCUAUAAGAUCAAGUACCCCGAGAACUUCUUCCUGCUCCGUGGGAAUCACGAAUGUGCCAGCAUCAACCGCAUUUACGGCUUCUACGAUGAGUGCAAGAGACGCUACAACAUUAAACUAUGGAAAACCUUCACCGAUUGCUUCAACUGCCUGCCUAUCGCUGCCAUUGUGGAUGAGAAGAUCUUCUGCUGCCAUGGAGGCCUGUCCCCGGACCUGCAGUCCAUGGAGCAGAUUCGGCGUAUCAUGCGGCCCACAGACGUGCCUGACCAGGGCCUACUGUGUGACCUGCUAUGGUCUGACCCUGACAAGGACGUGCAGGGCUGGGGCGAGAAUGACCGUGGUGUCUCCUUUACCUUCGGGGCUGAGGUGGUGGCCAAGUUCCUGCACAAGCAUGACUUGGACCUCAUCUGUCGGGCACAUCAGGUGGUAGAAGAUGGCUAUGAGUUCUUUGCCAAGCGGCAGCUGGUGACACUCUUCUCAGCUCCUAACUACUGUGGCGAGUUUGACAAUGCAGGCGCCAUGAUGAGUGUGGAUGAGACGCUCAUGUGCUCCUUUCAGAUCCUCAAGCCCGCCGACAAGAACAAGGGGAAAUACGGGCAGUUCAGUGGCCUGAACCCUGGAGGCCGGCCCAUCACCCCACCCCGCAACUCCGCCAAAGCCAAGAAAUAGCCUCCAUGUGCCCGCCCUCUGCCCCAGAUGGUGGAUUGUACAGAAAUCACAUGGCUAUAGAGGGGUCACGCUGGCCCCCCCAGGCCCACCUGUCACGGGGAACACGGAGCCUUGGUGUAUUUUUUCUUUUUUUUUUUUAUGAAUCAAUAGCAGCAUCCAAUCCCCCACGGCUCUCUCUGCCUGCCUCGACAGUGGCUGCAGGCAGGAUCCUGGGGCUGAGGCUGCAGCUCAGGGCAAAGCAGGGCCAGAUUGUGGGUCUCAGGCCUUGUCUGGCCUCAGGGCUGGCAGCCGGAUCCUGGGGCAACCCAUCUGGUCUCUUGAAUAAAGGUCAAAGCUGGAUUCUCA